AUGUAUGGUGGUAGGGGCGAAGGAUUAGGCGAUUUCUCGCCAGAUAACACAUCAAAUGUCGUGGCGCGUUGGCUUGGGUACAUUGGUAUCGUCUCCAUGUCAGCGAAGACACCAAAGUCGAACCGGGUUGUAUACUUGUACUCGUUUGCCAGACAUGCCGUAAUCGCAUUUGAUCACGGUGCGCCGUCACAAAUCUCGGCCGUAAAUCUAACCAUUGAAGUCGACGAUGUCAAUGACAAUGCACCUUUUUGUAUUGAGCCGAUUACUACAGUCCGAAUUCCCGAAGAUUACCCAGAUGGAGCACUUGUCGGAUGUGUCGCAGCGACCGAUCCCGACAUUGGACCAAAUGCUCGUCUUCGGUUUUCCCUAGAGCCAGAAGAGAAUGGACUAGCGCCACCAUUUAAGAUUGAUCAUCGAACUGGAUGCGUUUUUAUCCACUCACCGCAUCAACCACUAGAUUUUCAACGAAGAUCGGUAGCUGAUAAUGGAGAAGUAGUUCUUAGUACAACUUGUUCGUAUGUGGUUGAAUUGGAAGAUGUGGAUGAGAAUCUUCAUCCCCCGGAAUUCGAUGAUGUAGCGCUUGAGGCUAGCGUCUAUGACAUAUUAGUGAUUGAGCGUACCGUAUACCUACCGUAUCUCAGUAAUCGAGCAACUCUGUAG